AUGCCGGGUCCUGCUGGAAGACCCGGCCUUCCGGGGGACAAAGGUGCCAUUGGGAUGCCUGGACGUGUGGGAGGAAAGGGCCAACCAGGCGAGAAGGGCGCCCCAGGAGAUGCCGGGAUGUCCAUCAUCGGUCCCCGCGGCCCCCCUGGUCAGCCGGGCACUCGAGGUUUUCCUGGAUUUCCGGGUCCCAUUGGGCUUGACGGCAAACCGGGCCGCCCCGGACCAAAAGGGGAGAUGGGACCUCCAGGACAAAAAGGAGAAAAGGGUCAGUGUGGAGAGUACCCACACCGGGGCUUACCUGGGCCUCCUGGACCAAAGGGAGACCCGGGGAUCCAGGGCUACCACGGCCGGAAGGGAGAACGGGGCAUGCCAGGGAUGCCGGGCAAACACGGAGCAAAGGGGGCUCCUGGAAUCGCUGUGGCCGGGAUGAAGGGUGAGCCUGGGAUCCCAGGAGCCAAGGGUGAGAAGGGGGCUGCGGGCCACCCUGGGCUACUCGGCCUCCUAGGGCAGAAGGGAGAAAAAGGUGAUGCCGGCAACUCCAUUGGAGGGGGCAGAGGGGAGCCUGGUCCCCCAGGGCUCCCUGGGCCCCCAGGGCCAAAGGGGGAAGCUGGAGCUGAUGGCCAGGCAGGCGCCCCAGGACGGCAAGGAGACAAGGGAGAGCCUGGAGCAGCUGGAGAGCAGGGACCUGCUGGCCCCAAGGGCUCCAAGGGCGAACCUGGGAAAGGAGAGAUGGUGGACUACAACGGAAACAUCAACGAGGCUCUCCAGGAGAUCCGGACCCUGGCCUUGAUGGGGCCCCCUGGUCUUCCUGGGCAGAUUGGCCCACCCGGAGCUCCAGGGAUCCCAGGCCAGAAGGGGGAGAUUGGACUGCCCGGCCCUCCCGGACACGAUGGGGAAAAGGGACCUCGAGGCAAACCAGGAGAUGUGGGCCCUCCUGGUCCCCAAGGCCCCCCAGGAAAGGCUGGGCCUACAGGACUGAAGGGAGAAGAUGGCCUUCCGGGGAACCCAGGAGAGAAGGGGGAGAAAGGGGAGAUGGGGCAGCCAGGCCCACCGGGUCUAGACGGCCCAACUGGGGAGAAAGGAGAACCAGGUGACCAAGGGAGACCUGGAGUGACCGGAUUGCCAGGCCCAAUCGGGCUCCCAGGAUUCACGGGAGAGAAAGGAGAACCCGGGGAGAAAGGUGACCCAGGAGUGGAGGUUCCUGGGCCACCAGGGCCAGAGGGACCUCCCGGACCUCCGGGGCUCCAAGGCGUUCCUGGACCAAAGGGGGAAGCAGGACUAGAUGGAGGAAAAGGAGAAAAGGGCGUCCAGGGAGAAAAAGGAGACCGAGGUCCUCUGGGAUUACCCGGUACUCCAGGACCAAUUGGAGUUCCAGGCCCAGCGGGACCAAAGGGAGAGAGGGGCAGCAAAGGCGACCCUGGGAUGACAGGACCAACGGGAGCAGCUGGGCUUCCUGGUUUACACGGACCACCCGGGGACAAAGGAAACCGGGGGGAGAGGGGGAAGAAAGGCUCUAGAGGGCCUAAGGGGGAUAAGGGAGACCAAGGAGCGCCUGGAUUAGAUGCCCCCUGUCCAUUGGGUGAAGACGGCCUGCCAGUCCAGGGCUGCUGGAAUAAGUGAUGCCUCUAACCUGGGAUUGGCCUGUGUGUGUGUUUGUAAAUAGAAUAUUUAUUUUUAUACAGUUUUCACUUUUUGAAAAUGCCUGAAGUAUGAUGCAUCUUACAGAUUAUUAAAAAAAAGGAAAGCCUGCAUAUUUUGUACAGAAAAUACCAACCUCUUCCCUUUUGUUUACAAGAUGUUUUGUAUACG